AUGGUCCUUGCCCGAGUGGCUAACUUUUUUACGAACGGAGAAUCCACACAAGAUCUGGUCGACGACAGAAGAAGAGAUGUCGCUAUCGCAAUGGAUAGCGUCGCAUCAACUGCGACAAAUACCGCAGAUGUUAUAGCCGAAGAAAUGGAGGACGAAACCCGCCCGCCCUAUCUCCAUGCGAUGCUGGCUGGAGGUUUAGGAGGCCUGACGGGCGACAUGCUUAUGCACUCCCUAGACACGGUCAAGACACGGCAACAAGGCGAUCCACACAUGCCGCCGAAAUACACGUCCAUGGGCAGCACAUAUUACACAAUCUGGCGACAAGAGGGGUUCGUGAGAGGUCUCUACGGCGGAGUCAAGCCUGCGUUUUUGGGCUCGUUCUGUGGAACAGUGUGUUUCUUUGGGACAUACGAGUACAGCAAACGGUUUAUGAUCGACAAUGGCGUUGCGCCGUCGGUGGCAUACUUCACAGCUGGCCUCCUCGGUGACCUCGCCGCCGCCCCUUCAUACGUACCGUCAGAAGUCCUAAAAACUCGACUGCAGCUGCAAGGGCGAUACAACAACCCCUUCUUCAACUCUGGCUACAACUACCGCUCUACGACCGACGCCGCUCGCAUGAUAAUCCGGACGGAAGGCUUCGGGGCGCUGUUCCACGGGUACAAGGCGACUCUGUGGCGAGACCUGCCUUUCUCCGCGUUGCAGUUCACGUUCUACGAAAAAGAGAGAGAUCUUGCGAAGAGUUACAUGGGCUCGAACAACAUUGGUCUGCUGUUGGAGAUCGCGACGGCAGCCACUGCGGGUGGAGCAGCAGGCGUACUCACCACACCUCUGGAUGUUGUAAAAACGCGUAUUCAGACGCAACAACCCGAUCUCCCAGAAGCUUCGAAACACGCCGUAAAUCCCGCGCUCACGUCGACGUCGAAACACACAACCUCCCCGCGACCAACAACAACACACGCCUCACAAAACCGCCCCAUCUCCACCUCAUCUCCCUCCACAACGCUCCGAGCCCACGGCGCUGUGACUCUCGACACGUCCUCGGUCUACACGGGCCUGAAGAUCAUAUACAAGACGGAAGGCAUCGCGGGGUGGUUCCGCGGGGUGGGGCCGCGCUUCGUCUGGACCAGCGUGCAGAGCGGCACGAUGCUGGUGCUGUACCAGACGCUGCUGCGACAUUUCGAGCAGCACCGGCUGGUGGGCUCGGACGCAGAAUUGUAA